AUGUCCACGAACAAGCGGCAGAGUAUCUCUGAUGAGGCCGCCAAGAGCAAUGGCGAACCUCACUCUGCGUCUCCACGGAAAAAAUUGCGAUUGUCUUCGUUCAUUGAAGUAGAUAGAGAUAGAAGACACGUAAAAGCUGAUGCGAUCCAAGACGAGGGAGCCAGACCAUCCGAGCGAAAUAAACGAUCCUCUUUUGGACACCUGCGGCCUGGAAAAGUGCCCACUCCACCCUCUCCGAACUCUUUUCCGUAUUCUGGUCCGCCAGAACUGUUCGACGUCACACCCGGCCUACUAGAUGCAAUGUUUCUAGCCGAUGAUGAAUCACCUUUCUGGAACACCGACCAUGCUGCAUUCAUCAAGUCGGCUGCCGGUCUCGAGAAUGAAAAUUGGCUUGGCAAGCGGCCACUGGGUUCAGGAAGUUUUGGAACAGCAGGUCUGUGGGAAUUGCGAGAUGACAAUAACGUUGUGAUAGAGCAAAUCGUCAUCAAAGAAAGCAAGACUAUACCUGUCGAAAAAUGGACCGGGGAAGUGCCCGAGGAGGUCAAAAUGAUGCGCAGGCUGAAUAAGACCGGCUGCCAGGCUGUGCCCAAACUGAUAGCGUACAAACGUUAUAUGCAUGUCAGAAAACAUCGCAUAUAUAUGGAGUAUUGUCCCUAUGGUGAUUUAGUAACGCUUAAUGUCAACUAUAAAAGAUUCAGGUUGGUGGAUCCUUACCUCUGCAGCGAUGGAGAAUGGACCGGAUGA